AUGGAUCUCAUUCGUGCUUUACUGUCCGUCUGGACGUCUGCGAGAUCAGUUCUGCUCACGUUUUGGCGAAGGCUGAUCUAUGGAAUAAAGGUCAUUGACGUCGAACGUGGCGCCGACCAAUUUCCACCAGCUCCCAAGGCCAUCAGGGAAGCAGCCGACGCGUUCCUUGAAUCGCUCCAGACGGAUGCCAUCGAGGCCCUCGCUUCGCGGUAUAAUGACGGGAAACCUUGCAGGGUCUUCUUUCGCUUGCAUGGCAGCUUUAACGUCUGCUAUUUUGUGGUAUUUGAAGAGGGGCCCUCGUGGACUGUUCGCAUUCCUAUUACCCCACGAUUGUACAGGCCUUGGGAUAAAAUACUGAUGCCUGUGGUUUGCGCAUUUGGAGAUGAUGCGACUUUGACCGAUGAUAAGACACAACAUCAGUCGUUUCUUAUCUCUGAAUUCGUGGGAGGCACACCACUUUACUCCGAUCGCUUAGCAGACGCUGAUGACGCUGCACGAAAGCGAUUUUUCCUGCAACUAUUUGACUACCUUGCCCAGCUACGAAGCCUGGAGUUUCAACAGCUGGGCUCACUGAUGCCUGCCACCACUGCGUCGCCGUCGGUGGGCAAUCUAAUGUCGUUCUCAACAAACAGCUUUCGACUUCAACUGCCUUCCUUCACCACUGCAAAGGACUAUAUACUCUCUCAAUUUGACAUAUUGCAACGGCAAGCUACGAUCCCAAUCGCAGACUACUCAGAGACAGACAGUCGCUAUGAGCUAUUCGCUCUCCACACGGUCAAGACGUCGUUUGACGAGUUCGCUUCAGACGUGGAUGCCUCGACUGACGAGCCUUUUGUAUUGAACCAUGCCGACUUACAUUUAGCCAAUAUUCUCGUCGAUGAAGACUUGAACAUUUUAGGCAUUAUUGAUUGGGAAUUUGCAAAUAUUGUUCCAUUACGACUCUUCACGCCGCCGUUAUGGGCCAUUUAUCAAGCCCCGGGACUGGAGAAGCUGACCAACUUGUUCGUUCCAGAGCUACAAGCUGCUUCGCUUCAAGAUGUUCGAUUUGAGCGACUUUACCAGGAGUGGUAUGGCAAACCAGGGUUCGGUGAGCUCUGCUACCUGGCCCGCCUCAUUCGCCAUCCUUCCGAUAUAACCCAAGUCUUCGCCGACUAUUUUGAGAAAAAGAGGCCAGGGGACAACCUGGAGAAGGCGGAAUCUACAUUUUUUGCAGAUAACCCGGAGAUGGCCAUAAAAGCGAGGGAGAUUGCGGAAAAGAACAUAAUCUGGACCCAGCAUCUGAAGGACUCAGGCAUGUACGAAUCCGACAAGUAA